AUGAGAAAACCUCUUCUCGAAAGGUCUAUAAAUAGUGAUAAAAAGAGAUUUAAACCAAGUCAGGCAUAUUUAAAUACAGUUGAAAAUUCCCACGAAGAAUUUUCAUUUCAGUAUUUAAAAGAAAAUCUGAAUCUAUUAGAAAAACCAGAUAAUAAAUGGAUGUUUGGAUUAACAGAUGAUGAAGUAGUGCUUGCAAUAUGGAAUAGUGGAUCUGAAAAAAAAAUAAUAAUUUCAAAUGAUUUAAUAGUAAAAGUAAGCAAUUAUUUGGUCAAAAGUAAAAUAAAAAACUGUUCAAACCUAUAA